AUGGGCCUCACCUUCUCGUCGCUGUUUGGACGGCUCGCGUUUUGGGCCAAGAAUGAGGAGGUCAGAAUAUUGAUGCUCGGUCUCGAUAGCGCCGGAAAGACGACGAUACUCUACCGACUCCAGAUCGGCGAGGUCGUGUCGACGAUACCGACCAUCGGAUUCAACGUCGAGACGGUUGAGUACAAGAACAUCAAGUUCCAGGUGUGGGACCUGGGUGGGCAGACGAGUAUCCGCCCGUAUUGGAGGUGCUACUACGCCAACACGACGGCCAUCAUCUACGUGAUUGAUUCCUCGGACACGGCGCGGCUAGAGACGGCCAAGGCGGAGCUGAUUUCGAUGCUGUCGGAAGAGGAGCUCCGGGACGCCAAGCUGCUCGUGUUUGCAAACAAGCAGGACCUGCCGGGCGCGCUCGACGAGGGGCGCGUGAGCGACAAGCUCGGGCUGACGGAGCUCAAGGACCGGCAGUGGUCCAUCUUCAAGUGCUGCGCCACCAAGGGCGAAGGCCUCGAAGAGGGGCUCGACUGGCUCGUCAACGCCAUUCAGGCAAAGUGA